AUCCCGCUGCAUAGGAUAUACACGAUGAUGGAAGAGGCCUGUUGCGCUUGCGCAGCACUUUUAAGUACAAUACUGCCCCAGUAUGACGAGAAGACAGAAAAGCCCAAAGCUCUCGAUCGACGAUUAGAAUGUUGUGGGAGAGUGAUUUGUGGAAAUUGUAUAGGUAAAAAUUCGCGAUUUGCUACAUACUGUCCCUUCUGCCAGGUCACCAACAUCCCUUCUCCAUUACCACAAGGCCUCCGAGAUCCGCCUGCGUACACUCCUCCGUCCUUGAAUUCCUCUCUUCUCUACAACGAACAUCAACCUUCUUCCUCAGACGACCUCCCCAGCUAUUCUUCACUUACAGCUCCACAAACCCCGCUUCCGGAAAAAUCAAACCCUCAGCCCGUAGAAGAUGUCCUGCAUUUCCUAGACCAUGAGCACGAUACCCUGGCUUCCUUAUCUCUCCGCUACGGGGUGCCUAUCACAGCGCUCAGACGUGCCAACAACCUCACGUCCGACCAUUUAUUACUUGCGAGAAGGACCGUUGUGAUACCUGGGGAGUUUUAUAAGGGCGGUGUGAGUCUGAGCCCCCGGCCUAUUGAGGGGGAGGAUGAGGAGAGGAGGAAAGCCAUUGUGAGGAGGUGGAUGGUGGCAUGUAAGGUCUCCGAAUACGACAUUGCUUUGCUGUAUCUUGAACAGGCCAACUACGAUCUAGAGGCAGCAAUAGAAUGUUAUAAAGAUGAUGAGAGAUGGGAGAAGGAACAUCCAAGACAAGCAAAUGUGAAGGGAAAGGGAAAGACACGACAUGAUGUGGGGAAACGAAGAUUCACAGGCCAAAGACCAUGACAAUUGAAGACGGCUAGGUUAGUUCAUAGAUCUCUUAUUCUGUACCAUAGUCAUUGUUCAUCAUGAUAAGUGCAAGUGAGCACUGUAUAAUACACAUAUACCCAAGCCUCCCAUACACCAAUUAAUACGCCG